AUGAGUGGGAGCCAGAUUCUAGAUGACCGACUGCUAAGCUCACAUGUGGCCGACAACCUGGAGAUGAUGUUCAGCGUAUCUUACGACGCAGAGCAGUUAUGCAAGACACUUGUGAGCAUGCUGCAAUCUUCCAGUGACCUCCAUCUCGUCGCGCGUAGCGUCAUACUGCGCGGUUGGCAUGUCACGCUGGAUAGCAAGCGAAGUGCCUGGGUCAAUCUGGGAGUUGUCGCAGCUUUGUUCACCACACUGCUCUGGACGUCCAUCGUCGAACCCUUCCAAAUCUGCGAUGCUGAUGACUGGCUAGCAAGCCACAGGGAGACUGCCAAGGAGGUGUUGACGGUAUUACUCUACAUUGGCAUCGCGUUUGGGCUUGUGGCGGUGGUUCUGGUGGUCCAGCAGCUGGUGCACUCCAUUCAAUAUGUGCAUUCUGCUGAUGACUUCCUGUGGUUCGUGAUGCUCAACCGCGAUCUCCUCACAGACACAUGUGCUGUGCUAUGCCUGGUGUGCACAGGUGCAUGCGUCCCCACUGCGGCUGUGGUUACCCUGAAAGAGCCAGAGGUCUCAAUUUGUUUUUUUUCCACAAGUGCCUGCUUCGUAUGUGUCUUUCUGCUGUGGCUUCGUUCCUUAUGCUGCAGCAUUUUCCAUCAUGCUGGCAUGACGAGCAAGAGCAGAGAGGUCUUGAUCAAACUCGUGAAGACGGUGUACAGCAACACUUCUCUCUCAGAUUCGUCGGCACAUGGGCACCGCUCUUCGACAAUGGCAGUAUACUUGUGA